AUGGAAGACCUUACUCAAGAAGAGAAAAAGGUUCAGGAGGUCGAAGAGAUCGCUCCUGAAGAGACCUUCGACGCCGAAAAUACGGAAAACGCGCCCGAAGACCAAGAUGACCAGAACGAAAGCGUAAAAUCUGAUGAGGCUACACCUGAGCCGUCAGAAUCGAAAUCCCCUUCCUUUCAACGGGCCAUUCCAGCGAUUGACUACGCUCAUAAACCCAAGCAUUUGCGCGAGAGAUCUUUUCGCGGUGACGAUGGAGAUCGUCUCCAUGGAUCCUUCGCAACCCCGGGAGGGUUUGCUGAGUUUGCCGCUUCGUACUACCAGCAUCAACGGCAUCAUCCUCAUUUUAUGCAUGCAGGUGCACCCAUGUUUUACGCGCACGGUCCCGGCGGGGAGCAUAUGCAGGGCUUUCACUACGAACCGAUGCCCCGAAUGGCGCAAGCGCCUAUGAUGCUAAUGCCUCUUGGGAACGGCCAAUGGGCGCCUGUGUUGAUGACCUCUGGUCACCUGCCUCACUGGAGCUAUCCGUCUCAGUACUACCCUGCGUAUCAUCCUCACCAGCCUCCAGUAGCGCUUCACCCAGUCGUCAGCUCCAACGGGAACAACAACUCCACCGGCUCGGUUCCCAACAACUCGACUGACCGCGACCAAGCAGGAUCCUCGAUGCAUGACAACUCAUCUGACCCGCAGCUCAACCUCAGCGAAGAGAAUUUCCCCUCCCUCCCAAAGUCAAACAAGGUGCAAGAGUUCAAUCCAAACGGAACUGUUAAUCCGCUGCCUAUCCCCUGUAAAACGAGCACACGCAUAGAAGAAAAGAGUUCCAUUGUAAUGAAGAAUAAAGAUGCGGCGAUCCGAGUCAAUACAGAUAAGCACACUGGAUUAGUAACAGUUGAAAAUCCCCCCGAAUGGGUUAACGAAGAACCCUCCAAACUCGAAAAUAACGAGAAUAGCAACGAGUACACGACCGAGGAUGAACUCGAAAUUCGCGAUGUCUCCCAGCGACUCUCCUCAAUCAGAUUUCGCGAACACCAGGAACUUCCCCUACGCGAAGUUCACGAGCUGCCACAACUUCGACCUGCAUAUCCCGGCCAUAAGCCCACAGCUGCGCAAUCCCGCCGCUUGCAGGAACUAAAGGCUCAACCGCGGUCAGUUGAUUAUUCGGAGCAAUCUUCUCUUCAAGAUAACCUGGCAGUACCUGUCAAUACUCCUUGCACGCCAUGUGAUUCUGAAUAUUCAAAAGUAAAUAUGCCGAAUCUCGAUAAGUCAGUUGCUCCAGACGAUCUCGUCAAGGCCACUGAACGGGUCCGACGUGACCGGGAGGAUCUUGAUGUUACUGCAACUAUUCGCCACCACAGGCGAUUCUUCAGAGGCUCAGAGCGCGAACUAGAGUGCUAUAAAGAAGGACAGCAAAGCGAAGAACGCGAAGUUCAGCAAGUCCAGAUUGAAGAGCAGACCGAAGCACCCCAAGAAGAGCCCUCUGGAUUUCGGGUGUGCGUCUGCCAGUAUCCACCAGGAUCUGAGAGCAACGGGCAAGAAAUGGGACGCUUCAUUCACAAGCCUGACUACGAUCAAUCUGGCCAUUCAAAAGACUGGGGCGAUCGCCAAGGCGUCCCACCAGUCGCUGCUGGAGGAUACGUUGGCCGUCCUUAUCGAGGAAGAGGUCGCGGACGUGGAUAUCGUGGCAGAGGACGCGGUCAUCGUGGAGGACGUGGCGGCUUCCGGGGCAAUUUCCGAGGACGUUUCUUCAGAGGCGACUCGAACGGCUUCCGACCUCGAUUCCGGGAGAGCUCCUUUCCUUCUGAGGAGCUCGGCCCUCCACUCCCUCGCCGCCGAAGAAACCCACGAUUCGAUUAG